CCCACCAUUCACCUUUCACUCACUAAAACUCACUCUCUUCACUCUUCUUCACCCCUCUGAGAGAGAAGAGAAAGGAAAAACCACAACCGUAUAAAAUAUACGUUCUCCUCCCACCACAAACUCAUCUCCGGCGAUUAUUCGUCACCGGAGAAAUGAAUAUUCCGGCGAUCUUCAUUUCGAUAACUGUACGCAAUGCUCCAAUCUCCGAUCAUCGCCGCCACGUUUUCCACGAAAAUCUUUGACCGGAAGCGAUCUCGUUUCGCUUAAUUACAGUACAAGUUAUUCGACACUUUUCCUUCGCCGAAAAAAAAAUAACGAUACGAUACUUCUAGAGGAAGGUACCGGUUUUUCUUCUCUUGGUUCGUACAUAAAUUUUGAUAAGAGUUUUUCUUUUUUUUGUUUCGGUUUUUUUUUUUCAAACUUCGGACUGGAUUGACCUGAUAACCUAACGGAAAAGCAAAACAGCGAAUGUAGAUGGAUUUUUGAGAAAUUAGGAUUGAUUUUCAUAAUUUUUUGGGGUUCGGUUCUGUUUAAUUGGAGUGGUUUAUAAUUAAGCUCUGAAAAUGGAGCAGAAAAAACCUUUUAGUUUAUAGGAUUUUCUAAUUAGAAGCGGAGGUAGUGUGAAGAAAAGUUUUUUUUCUCUUUUUUUCGGAACGAUGCCAUUUCCGAUGAAGAUACAACCUCUUAAUAUUGAUCCCGAGUCGGUUAGGGAACCUGUGGUUCGAACCGAUUCAGCUAAACCGGUGUUGAAAUCGCGGUUCAGGAGGCUCUUUGACCGCCAGUUCCCGAGCGUCCUGAGGAAUUCUUCAACAGAAAAGCCUACUAGUGUUAAUGGCGAACCAACUCAGUACAAAGAUGGAGGAGCGACUGAGUUCGAACCGAGUUCGGUUUGCUUGGCCAAGAUGGUUCAGAAUUUCAUCGAGGAGAGCAACGAGAAGCAACCAGCUCCACCUCCACCCAAAUGCGGCCGUAACCGCUGCAAUUGCUUCAAUGCGAAUAGCAACGACAGCUCCGAUGACGAGUUCGACGUCUUCGGUUUCGGAGAUUCCACCACAUCCGGAUCGUACGGCGGCGACGUCUCUGACAUCCUCAAGAGUUUAAUUCCUUGCGCGAGCGUAGCUGAGAGAAAUCUGUUGGCCGAUACUGCUAAGAUCGUUGAGAAGAACAAAAAUCACAAACGAAAAGACGAUUUGAUAAAGAUUGUCACCGAAGGACUCUCUUCUCUGGGCUACGAUUCCACCAUCUGUAAAUCCAAAUGGGAAAAAUCUUCUUCAUUCCCAGCUGGUGAAUAUGAGUACAUAGAUGUGAUCGUACAAGGCGAGAGGUUAUUGAUAGACAUAGAUUUCAGAUCAGAGUUCGAGAUAGCUAGAUCCACCGGUGCUUACAAGGCUAUCCUCCAAUCUCUGCCGUACAUCUUCGUCGGAAAAUCUGACCGUCUCGGUCAAAUAGUCUCCAUCGUUUCUGAGGCAGCCAAACAGAGUCUUAAGAAGAAAGGAAUGCACUUCCCUCCAUGGCGGAAGGCCGAGUACAUGAGAGCCAAAUGGCUCUCUCCUAACUCCAGAAACGACCCCAUCGCCAUCUCUGUGCCGGAAUCGGAGAAGGCCAAGUCCGACGCCGAGGCUCACGAAGACGGGUUUAGCGAUUGCGGUGAAUUGGAGCUGAUUUUCGGCGAGAAGAGCUUGUCGUCCGAGAACGAUACCGGUGGAGAAGUCGCCGCCGUAGCUUCUCCAGCGGAUGAUAAAAAAUCGUCGGAGCCGGUGAUGGUGGCGUGGCAGCCACCGGCGAUUAAGCCGAAGAGUGUAGAGAGAGGAACUAAGGUCGUUACCGGAUUAGCUUCUCUACUCAAAUAAAAAACCCCAAAAAAAUAAAAAUAAAAAAGGAAAAAAAUUUUUUGCAUCCUA